AAUAAUAAUAAUAAUAAUAACAACCCUCAGCUCAGCGCCCUAAUCUUUCUGAACUACUCCAUUGCUGAGCUCGAGCACGCCGUUUUGCUCGGGUUGUUGUGAGGAUUUCAAUUUUGGUUGAAGAUUCAAUUCUAGCUUAUGAUUGUCUAUCGAAAGACUCUGUGAUUUGCGUGGCAAUUUGAGUUUUUCUUUUGGUGAUUUAUUUUGAAAAUUGAUGGGACAAAGUGAGGCGACUUCAGAUUUUGCGCCAAAAAAAUUGGCGCGGCAGUUGGACUUUACGACGAUUUGUAGAGCAUCAGCGAAUUUGGUUUUCACGCCGUCGCAGGCGCAACCGCAGAAGGUUCAACCGCAGCCUCUAUUGAAUUUACAGUUACAAACGCCACCAAAGCAGCAGUCGGCAAUGCCUCAAUUUCAUGUCCUGCCACAGCAAGUGCCGGUGGUGCGUCGGAUUCCUCAUUCCGUGCAGAAACUUCCGUUGCCAACAUUGCCACCGGGCAUGCAAGAGUCUCCUGGAUCAGUUCCGAGAAAUGAUGUAGAAGCAAAAGAUUGUACUCCUAAGAAAAUAAAGCACUGUAAUUGCAAAAAUUCGCUAUGCUUGAAGUUGUAUUGUGAGUGCUUUGCUGCUGGAUUGCAUUGCAAUGGUUGCAGUUGCUUAAAUUGUCAUAAUAAUGUGGAGAAUGAGGGUGCUAGGCAAAAGGCUGUUGGAGCUACCUUAGAGCGCAAUCCAAAUGCUUUUAGACCUAAGAUUGCUAGCAGCCCGCAUGGAUCUCUGGAUGGUAGAGAAGAUGCAAGGGGCGCUCAAAUGACUGGAAAGCACAAUAAAGGAUGCCACUGCAAGAAAUCAGGAUGCCUCAAGAAGUACUGUGAAUGCUUCCAAGCCAAUAUUUUGUGCUCUAACAAUUGUAAAUGCAUGGACUGCAAGAAUUCUGAAGGAAGUGAAGAAAGGAAGUCUCUCUUUCAUGGGAAUCAUAAUAGCAUAGCCUGCAUUCAACAAACAGCAAAUGCAGACAUUACUGGAGCCAUUGGAUCAUCUGGCUAUUGUACCCCUAUAACAUCCAAGAAGAGGAAAAGCAAGGAAAUCUUAGGCAGUGUAACUAAAGAUCAAUCUGCAAAAUACCAACAGGAAAGUCAUGUGAAAAAUUCUGCUGCUUCUUCUUCUCCCUUAUCUAUCCCUGUUUCGCAUUCUACUACUGCAACUGUAUUGGGAGCUUCAAAAUUCAGAUACAAGUCUCCUUUGUCAGGCAUACUUCAACCACAGGAUGUGAAGGAGAUAUGCUCACUCUUGGUCAUACUUUCACAAGAAGCUAAAAAGGAACUUGCAGGGAAAAUGGAUAGGCAACCUGAGGUAGAAAACAAUCAUAAUUUUGAACCUACUUCUGCUUCGUCCAUACAACGGAGGGAAGACAGUGGACAUGACGUCCAUAGAACCUUGCCCGAUGAUUGUGUGAAUGGGAGCAAAGCAGGAAGAGAGAGAAAUAAUGCUUCAGGAAUUGAUGGAAUUGAUAUGGAAAAUGGAAUGCCAGCAUCACCAGAAAUUGAUUUGAUGUGCCAUGAACAAGAAAUGGUAUUUAUGGAAGCUGGGCCACCAAUACGGUUGGGAGGACUCUGUCAAAACAAAACCGGGAUAUCAUCUAAUAAGCAUGAGUGCUCAGAGGUAUAUGCUGAGCAGGAAAGGCUUAUCUUGACCGGUUUCCGGGAUUUUCUCAAUAGGCUCAUCACUUGUGGGAGCAUAAAAGAAACAAUGUAUUCUUCUUCAGCCAAGGCUAAAAUGGGGAACCAACAAGAACCAGCAGAGAGAGAGGACAUAUAUGCUGGAACUGAAAUUGGAAAUCACAAGAAGUCUUACAGUAAUGGCGAUGCGAAAUCUUCUAUAGUUGCAACUUCUGCUUCUAAUGGUGUUCUGCCCAUAAUGUCAGCAUUUCCUGUGAAAAAUAGUAAUACAGAGAUUAAUCCGGAGAGUAAGAGCUAAAUUGUUGGAAAACAGUUCAAAAUAGCAUCAUUUGUCUGUGAAAUGAGGUAACCAUUUUCGGCUAUUCUUGAGGAAUUAAUUUCUGAUUAGAUAAAAAAAUUUCUUUUCGAUGGUUGCCGUCUGAUGUUUCAUUUAAUUGUAAAUUAUUUUUGUAAAUGUUUAAAUAUUUCCAUUUAACUAGAUUGAACAUAAUGAUCACAUUGUGGAUAUCUGCAAAUGAGCCAUUCAUGUA